UACUAAUCCCAGUCAAUAUCCAUCUGCCUCCUCACUUCCAUCUCAUUCAUCCAUCUCUCUCCACAUCCAUAUGGCUCUGCAUCUGCUCUUCAUCUCUCUACUUCCACUGGCGGCAUUGGCAUCUCCUAAUUGUAACUCCACUUGUGGAAACAUCACAAUCUCUCCUCCCUUCGGAAUGAAUGAACCCCGCUGCUACCACAACGAGUGGUUUGAGAUCAAUUGCUCGCAAGACUCUGCUGGAAUUCACAAGCCAUAUCUCAAGAAGAUUCGACUGGAGGUCACCAAAUUCGAUUACAGCUCCUGCAAGGUCUGGGUCAACAACCCUAUAUACUCAUGGCACUGCAAAAUCCCCGCCACACGUGGCGGCGCAAAUGUAAGUCUUCCCCUAAAUAUGACUGCCAGUCCUUUUGCUUACUCUCGGGAGGACAACGUUUUUCUGGGUGCGGGCUGCGACACACAAGCUCUUCUUCUGCAAGGCUCCCACGACGGCGUUUUCGGCGGCUGCGUCUCCAUUUGCAGCAGCGUCAACCUCAAUCAUUCCGCAAUUGGAGGUUGCCUGGGCCAGUAUUGCUGCACCGCUUCCCUGCCUAGGGGUCUGUCGGAAUAUAAUCCCAGAAUUGAACACGUGGCAGGAAAUCAUGGCGAUUGCAGUUAUGCUCUUAUUGUUGAAGACAAGGGCCAAAACGAUUGGGGCAGCAGGAUUCUCAGUUCGUUAAGUCAUUCGAGUAGCGUUCCUGCAGUGCUCGAAUAUUAUAGCGCCUGCAAUGUCUCUGAUAUUUUGUCUUCCGAGGCGCUAAACUCGCCUCUCGCACCUCAGUGCGCUAGUCCUCUGUUCCCCGGCGCCAAUCCUUGUGGUUCUACAGGUGGGCGAGGCAACUCGAGAUCCAAAUCUCAAAGCUUGUCGGUGAUAGGGGUGGUUUUCUCGAGCCUAGUAUCCGUUGUUUUCCUGGUGGGCGUGUGGAUCCAAUACAAAAUCUUCAGGAAAAGCAGAAUAAACAAACGAAAAGAGAAGUACUUCAAACAAAACGGCGGCUUGCUGUUGCAACGGAGCUCGUUAAAUGGCGACGUCAGCUUCGACAAAACCAAACUGUUCGGCUCCAAGGACCUCGAAAAAGCCACCGACCGCUUCAACGUUAAUAGAGUGCUGGGAAAGGGAGGCCAGGGCACUGUUUACAAGGGCAUGCUCGCCGACGGUCAAAUUGUUGCCGUCAAGAAACUCAGACUCCAAGGAAAUGUUGAAGAAUUCAUCAACGAAGUGGUUAUUCUUUCUCAGAUUAACCACAGAAACGUGGUGAGGUUGUUAGGGUUUUGCCUGGAGACACAAGUUCCUCUGCUGGUUUAUGAAUUCAUUCCAAACGGUAACCUCUACGAGCACCUGCACGAACAAAAUGAGGAGAUCUCAAUGACGUGGGACGCUCGUUUAAGAAUUGCCGGCGAAGUUGCGGGAGCUCUGUUCUACUUGCACUCGGCUGCUUCGCGGCCCAUUUACCAUAGAGACAUCAAAUCAACUAACAUACUGUUGGAUGACAAGUUGAGAGCAAAGGUUGCUGAUUUUGGAACCUCAAGAAUGCUGUCUAUGGAAAAGACUCACAUCACGACUCAAGUUCAGGGAACUUUUGGGUAUUUGGAUCCUGAGUAUUUCCACACGAGUCAAUUCACCGACAAGAGUGAUGUGUACAGCUUUGGGGUUGUUCUGGUUGAACUGCUGACAGGUCAAGUUCCAAUAUCAUGUGGAAGGCCACAGGAAGCUCAGAGUCUGGCUUCGUAUUUCAUAAUGUGCAUGCAUGAAGGGCGUUUAUGUGAGAUUGUGGACCCCAGAAUCACGGAGGAGGCGAAAGAAGAUAUCACGGCGGUGGCACACCUGGCAAGAAGAUGCUUGAGCUUGAAUGGGAGGACGAGGCCGAGCAUGAGAGAAGUGACUGCGGAAUUAGAAGGGAUUCAGAGACUGAGAAGCAGGUCGUGUAAUAUGGACCCACAAAUUUACGAGGAAAUUGAGUUGGGGGCAGCAUUGGAAGGCUGCCAGAUUUGGGGUGCAGAUUACGCGUCAUCCGCAUCCACUCUAAACACCGCAGCUUCCCACUCAUCGUCCCAGGGCUUCCUUGUUUCGGAAGACAGAUAAAUUGUAGUGAUCUCGAAGAUCAUGCUCAACUUUUAUGCGUGUGUACAUAUUCCACGGUUUUUAUUCUAAAAGCAUAUAUAUAUAUAUAUAUAUAUAUGAGUCCGGGGACUAUUUGUGAUUGAUAUAUAGGUUGGAGUCAUUAUUAGUUUUCUGGUAUUUCGAUCACUCAUGUCAAUUUAGUGAUAUAGCUUAUGGCAUCUCAUAGUUGACUUAUCAGUGUGUAUAGAUAUUAGUGCCCUCUAGCUUUCACUCAUCCAAGUUAAAGGGUUCCUUAAUUUCAGGUCUGCGUUACCUCCUU